ACAUUUUGUACAAAUAAUUUCCGAGAAAUAAUGAGGAACGAAAAUUGAUGCGGAAAUGAAAUUUCUAUGCUUAAUUUUUUUAUUUUUUUCCAUUUAUACAGAAGUUACAGGUGAUGUUUCUUUAAAAAGAAAUAGUUCUAUCGAGGAUUCCGAAGUAACAGUUAUAUUAUCAGAUGAUAACGAUGAUACCGUUAGUCAUGACCUUAGAAGCAAGAAAAAAGAUAACGUAAAUGCUAAAAGGAGCAAUUCAAAACAAAAAUGUUACGAAAAUUUUCAAGAAAUAAAUCCGGAAAAAAAGUCUCUAGAGAGUACAGAACUUACAGCGGAAAAAAAGUCUUUAGAAAGUACAGAACUUACAGCGCAAAUUUUUGAUCAGUUAGAAAAUAUGGAGAAAAAAACUAAAAAACUUCUGAAACUAAGAAAAAAACAAAAUCAAUCAAAGAGUGUUUUCAAUGGUAAACAAUCAGUUUAUGGUACAGACAGUAGACCAUCGUUAACAGGAGCUGAUAAGCAGCAUGUUAGCUUGGUUGAUGGCAAUAUAAAAGCUCUAGCAGAGCUUGGUGGUACGGGAAAAAUUCCAAAACUUCCAUUUUAUGUUCAAGAAGCUGUUGCUGAAGAAGUAACUUUGCCUGACACUGAAAAUAAAGAUGAUACGAUAUAUGUAAAUACCAAGGUCAAACCGCAGGAAGUUUACAAUCAAAAAAAGUCAAAAAUAUGCUCAGAAAUUACUACUUCAAAAAAACAAAAAAGAGACAUUGAAGAAACUAGUGGGGAAACAAGCGUUCAAGACGACCCUCACCACGAAGAAACUUUACUUCACUCUUCAGUUAAUGGAGAAAAUGAUAUGUUAGAUGAAGAAAGCGGUAGUGUUGAUGAAGAUAGCGGAUCUGUUGGAAAUACUGUUAACAAGUUGGAAAAACUUAUAUAUGACAACAAGCAUAAAAUAUUUAGUAAUCAAAACAGAUUUCAUACAUAUGGAUCUCAGAGAAGCAUUUUUGAGAAUAACAUUUUAAAAAAUAACGAGAUCACCAAUGUAAAUUUUGCAAAUAGAGAUCACGAUUUUGACGAAGAAAAUGAUUACGAAUCAGGUUACACUGAAGAAGAACUUGAAAGAGGAGUUGAGCAAGAAUCAAAUGAUUUUCAAUAUAACGACAAUAAAGAUGAUAGUUUAAUAUUACCAGAAAAUACUGAAGCAAAUAAAAUUAUAGAUUCAAAUAUGAAUAUUAAAAUCAAUAACUAUCUAACAAAUCUAGCUCAAUACCAAAAUGAAAGAGACGCCAACAAUGACUAUUUAAGUUAUAACGAAGACAAGGUACUCAAUCAACUAGUUAAUCGCGAUAAAGAUAAAAUGAUCAAUCAAUUAAGCAAACAUGUAAAAAAGGAUGGAACAAUAUAUGAAAUUCAAAGCAAUCGAGAUGUAGAAACUAUUGAAAAUGAACAAAACUUAAAUCAUGAUAAUGAAGUUUACUAUAUUGCAAACGAAGAAAACAAUAACAUUGCUUCCUUUGUACCUUCUCGAUUCAUGUCUAAUAACUCACUAAUUGAAAAUGAAAUAGUAGUAGACGAAGAUGGCAGUGCCGUAGAAGAAGUUGCUGAUUUAGAUUUCAGUACUCAAGAAGAUUUAACUAAGUCUAAUAAAUUUGUAAAAAGUAUGAAAACUGUCAAAAAUAAACUAAAUAAACCCAGACUAAUUAAUAGUUCAAGUCUAGUAAAACAAAAAAAUAAAAAAAUACUGUUUAGUGGUGUGAUAAGAAACAAAAAAGCUCAGGAUCAAAAACUUUUACCGAAUUCAUCGUAUUUUUAUAAUAAACCAACGACAACAAAAGCCGCUACGGAAUUUCUAAACUCUUCAAAAUCAUGGCCUUUUCGAAUCAUUCACACAAAAAUUAAAAAGCAGGAAAACGAUUUAGAAGUAGGCCAUCAAAAUAUUAAACAUAAAAAAACAAAUAAAAAAACAAAUAAAAAAGUGCAAUCUAGUAUAAAGGGAAAAAAUAGUAAAAACGUCCUUCGCUUAAAUGAAAAUUCAAAAAAAAAUGAAAAGAUGCAGCAAAAGAAAAAAGAAAAAUAUAAAAAAAAUAAAAAUAAAAAAAUAAAAGAAAAAUUUUUAAAAAAAAGUAAAAAACACGAGGAAAUUAUAAAUAAGUCUGUGAACAAAAAACAGAAGCAAAGCAAAUCUAAAAAGCAAAGAAAAUCUAAAAGUAAUCACUUAAAAGCACCAGUCACACCAGCGAGACUAAAGACACAUACAGAAAAUAAGUUUAAAGAACAAAAAAAAGAUAAGAAUAAAAAGGACCAAAAAACUAUAAACAAUGACCAAGCAAGACAAAAAAAAAUUAACAAUGACCGUGCAGACCACAAAAAAGUAAAUAAUGAUAAAAAAAUUUCAAAUGAAAAAAAAUACAAUAAUAAAGAAAACAACGACAAAAAUGAAAAUGACGAAUAUGCUAAUGAAAACAUAAAAAGUGAUAGAAAAAACAACGACAAAAAAGGGGUUCAACUAAACAAAAAUGUCAAAAAUAUGGACAAUAGAAAAGGCAAUGAUACUAAUAGAAAUGGUAAUGAAUUAAAAAAAGAAGAAAAUAACAAAGGAAAAACUUAUCAACAGCAUAAUAACACAACAAAAAAAAAAAAAGAAGAGGAGGAUAAAAUAGCAAAGACUGGAACAUUGACCAAACUUAAAUCAAGCCAUAAUUCCUCCAAUAAUGAAAACAAAGCUGGCAAAAAUGAUCAUAACCAAACAGAUGAUAACAAGUAUGAGGAAAAGGUUAUGAAUUUAGGAAAGUUAAUCAUAGAAAAAUCGGACAAAUUAAAAAAAAAUGAAUCAGAAGCGCAUGAAAACAAAAAUAAAAACAAUAAAAAUAAAAAGGUAAAAACAGAUAGCAGUAUGAGAGAUGAUCCACCAGUUUAUAAUCAAGACAAUCUUCGUCAUCUUUUAGCGCACAAUCAAAAAAGGACAAUUGCGCUGCGCAAAGCGCAAAAAAUAAAAAGUUUUAGAACAAAAAAAAUUCAAAAUCCUGUUUUACCUAAACCUCGAGGUAUCAUAACUGAACCUGACCCAGAGGCUUAUUUAAAAAAUGCUAUAAGUAUUUUGGACAGAGAAACACGAAAACUCAAUAAUAAUAUAAGAAUAGUUCGUGAUAAAAACAAUAAAGGAAUGUUAUUAUUGCGUGAUAGUCAGCACUUUGUUCCAAUAUACACAAAUUCAAAACAUUUAAAAAAGAAAGAUGUCGCACCUCAAAACCUUAUUCCUCAAAAUAGUUUAUUAAAAACAUUAGAUGAUGAAGCAACAAAGUUAUAUAAAUGGGCAAAUGAUGUUAUGAAAAAUAUAUAAAUAACUAAUUAUAUAAAAAUAUAUAUAUAACUUAUCUAGAAAAUAUGUUAAUAGCAAUAAACGCAAUGAUUUCUUAUAUUAUAAUUGAACAAACAAAUAAUAUAGAUACUUAAAACCGAAAUGUAAA